UCAAAGGUUACUAUUUUGAUAAUUAUGGUUGAAAUAUAUUUAUUAUUAUAACUAAGCUAAACAACUUGACUGAUUAUGUCAUUCUUUCGACAGAAUGCAACCAUUAUUUCGGGAAUUGGGGCAAGCGUUCUUUUAGGCAGUGGCUUGACACUGUUAUUGGUUCGCCUCAAUUCUAUAAGCCGUGACUUGAGAGAGCUCGCGGCCUCGGUUGCAAAGCUUCGUGAUGAGGUCGGAGCUUUCCAGGAGAAGUUCACCAUUCGAAAAAGACGGAGGUUGCAGGGUUUUUACUCUGUAACAGCAAGCAGCGGCGAAGAUGAUGAUGAUAUAUAUCAAGACGCGUAUGGCGGGAGUGAUUUAGAAUCCCUGAAGGAACUAACAGGUGAAUAUGUUCAGUUAACAGAAAACUCGACAGUAGGAACGGACAUCGCAGCUCGGGAUAUCUUCAAACAAACAGAAGAUUUAUUUGAAGGGAGUAAUGAUGAUAAACAGCUGGCCUAUGAACUUUUAAUUGCAAACAAAUCAAAGAUCUCAGGGACAGAAGAAUAUUAUUGGCGAUUAUCUAAGUCAGCGUAUCUCUUGGCGCAGAUAUUUAACGAACAGGGUAAUCCUGAAAGAAAAAAAGAACUUCUUUACGAAGCCGUAGAAAACGCUACUACCUCUCUGUCUUUAAACCAACAAGAUGGUAAUGCACAUAAAUGGUAUGCUAUAACACUUGGAAGUCUAAAUGAAUAUCAAAGCACACAAGAUAAAAUUAAAAAUGGAUUCCUAAUUCGGGAACACACGAAGCGAGCUAUAGAACUCAACCCAUCAGACCCAUCAAAUCAUUAUAUGUUAGGGCGAUGGUGUUAUAGUGUGUAUAUGUUGUCAUGGUUAGAAAGAAAAGUAGCUUCUACACUUUUUGCCUCUCCGCCAACUGCCACGAUAGAAGAAGCAUUAGAAGAAUUCCUACAGGCUGAUAAAUUAAAACCAGUAAAGUGGAAGGAGAAUAUGUUAUUUAUUGCUAAAUGUUAUAUAGAAUUACGAAAAUAUGAUAAGGCCAAAGAAUGGUUAAAUAAUGCCUUUAAAGUCCCUAUAAAAGAUGCUAACGAUAAAGAAGCCCAAGUUGAAUUAGAAACAUUAAUAACAAAGUAUGGAUGAAUGUAUGGUUAUAUAUGAGAUUAGUGGUUGUUAUAUCUAUUUGUUAUAUAUAUAUGAUAUCUUUAUAGAAAUCUUUUCAACAUAUUACCAUAAGUGUUUGUAUUUUCCCUGUCUAGAUUCUAGUAAAAGGUCCAUAGUAAAAUGCAUUAUAUAAGAUUUUGAUAAAGCGCUGGCCUUUCUUGCUGUAAUCUUACCAUGAUAUACGAUAAAUUUCUGUAUUUUCCCUUUCUAGAUUCUAGUAAACGGUCGAUAGUUAUAGAUGCAUUAUGUAAGAUUUUGAUAAAGUUCUGGCCUUUCUUGCUGUAAUCUUACCAUGAUAUUACCAUAAAUUUUUGUAUUUUCCCCCCGUCUAAAUUCUAGUAAACGGUUCCUGGUUAUAGAUGCAUUAUGUCAGAUUUAGUUAAAGAGCUGGUUGGUCUUUCCUGCGAUAAUAGUUCAAAAAUAGAUGACUUUAUCCUAAUGUAAUCUUUGAAUAGCAUUUAGCGAUAGAACAUAAUAUAACACAACACAGUUCUAUGGAUAACAAUCACUAUAUUAUAUACACACAACGUUUCGACAAGAAUUCAUUUUGUAAUUUGUAUGCUUGAUAACGACCAGUGAAUUCAUGUCCAAACGUCGUGUAUAUAUAAUAUACAUGUAGUGAUUGUUAGCCAUAGAACUGUGUUGUAUUAUACUUUAUUUUGAGCUAAGUUAUGAGUAUUGGAAUGUGACUAAGCCUCAGUCAAGUUUAUUCUGAGCGAAGUUAUCGGUGUUAAAAGUUUUGAUUAAAAUAGCGUAAUCUUUGGCUUGUCAUGUGAAUAAAUUUCUAAUUAAUAGUUUAUAUAACAUUUGAGGCCAAAAUGAAGACCUACUAGAAGCAGAUUUAGCUCUUGCACUUACCUUAUUUACGUAAUGCAUCUAUAAGGGUUAGACCUAAUUCGUAAGGCUCCCUCCAGAUUCGGUCAAAGGUCAUGAGAUGUAAACAGGGCUAGCGCUAAUCCCAACCCUGGACCUAACCCUUACCCAAACCCUAACCCACAAUCUCGUCAACAAUCACGUACCCUAACCUUAUUUACAUCUCGGCAACCUUGUCGAAAUCUGGAAGAGGCCUUGAGAAAUAGAUCUAGCCAUCUUUAAGUAUACAUUUGCAUACUUCUUUCCAUUUAGAAUAUUUUGUCAAUCAUUUACGUCAAAAAAUGGCAGCCGAUUUAAAAACAUUCGGAAAUAAACAUACAUUUGUAUUCUUGUUUCUUUGAAGUUUAAAGGAAUAACACAUUUAAUAUUUGAAUUCUAUCUAUUUUGUUUAUACAUUGAUUUUAGAGUCUUAUUUAAAAGCAACAAUGCAUGAUUUAUAUUUUUCGCUAAAAUAUCAAUUCACGGUUAAUAUGUACUCGUAUUGAUUGAUUAACAUUUAAUUAAAGAUACAUUAUGGGAGAUUAGAUAAAGAGCUGGUAGUUCUCAUUAUAAUAGUUAAAAACUAAUGUAAAGGCAAUUUGCUGAAAAUUUCAGUCACAUUUAUCUACUAUGAACCGAGAAGUAAGCGAUUGAAAUUUCGGCCUUGAUCAUUAUUAUUAAAGUCUGUACGAUAAUCGAGAGUUGAUUAUGGUCUGGAUAAGUUAAUUAACGUUUAAUUAAAAAUUUAGAUAAAAUUUCAGACCUAAAGAAAGACCUGCAAUUGGCAGAUUUAGCUCUUGCAUAAUGUAUGUUUAAAGGAAUAACUCAUUUAAUAUUUGAAAUGUCAAGUUGACUAUAAUUCUUGCCAUUUUGUUUUUUUACAUCGAUUUUAGAGUCUUGUUUUAAAGCAACGAUGCAUGAUUUGCAUUUUUCGCUAAAAUAUCAAUCCACGGUAAAUAUGUACUCAAUUUGAUUGCUUAACAUUUAAUUAGAAACCAAAAUCAAAAUACUAAUGCUAGAUAAUCUUCCAGCUUGGUUUCAAUAAGAUUUAAAAAAGGUCCAUCAAUUUGGUUCACAGAAGAUACAGAUGGGGAUCAGCAUAGACCGAUGCAAUUUUCUAUUCUUUAUAUCUUUGUAAAUACUGAAUGGAAUAAUGUGACAAGGAAUAGGGUUGCCUGUCCAACCCUCAUGGGUUUUCUCCGGGUCCUCCUCUUUCCUCCCACUGCUAAAGACCCCUACCCGCAAGCGAAUUAUUGGAAUAAAAUUAAACCAUAUGUUAGUCCCGAAAUGACCUAGUUUGUGUUGAGUGGAGUUAAACCCCAUCUCUCUGUCUCUCUGAAUGGAAUUGAAUCAUUUAUGAACUGAUAGUAAUAUUAGAAAUUCAUCUUUCCCAAUAUUGAAGUUUGCAAAGGAUUCUAUUGUGCUAAAAUCAUGUAUAGAGUCUUUAAAUUUCAGCUUUUAAUCGUCUCAAAUAAAAUGAUGAAUGGAUACCGGUGUCUAAUAAUAGCAUAUAACAUCAGAUUUAGACCCUGCAGACAUUUUGAAGUUUUUGUUAAUGCAAGGUUCCCACUGUCGUGCGAUUUGUUACAAUAGGAUUGUCCCCAUUGAGUCCACGAUCUGGUACGUGUAGAUACGUUCGGAUACGUUUCAAUACGAUCGUGAUCAACACGACUGCUACGACUGACUUCAAUAUAUGAUAAGACCUGAUAGGAUCACCACAAUUUCAAUCGUAGCCUGAAUUGUGAUAGUGGGACCUAGCAUAAGUUUAGCAGGAUAAGUAAAUGGUGUCAUCAUGAAAAAAUAAUUUUGUCUGUUUUGGUUUUUUUUUAUUAAAGGAGCAAUCCCAGAUUUCCAAGGGUUCAGCUCCUUUAUACUGUAUUUAAUCUCAGAGAUAAAUAUGGUUACACUUGUUACAUGGUAACAUUCUCUAUCUUCUGUGCAGGAUUGUACAGUCAUCGCUAGAGGUACAACCCAAAAAAUCUUUUAACAUACAUCUGAGGACCCAAAUAAAAUGUUAAUUAUUUGAGUCCGUCUCAUGCUUCAUGGGUUGAAAUUUGAUUCUGGAGCACAGAAGAUUGGUUGAAUCAAGGAACUCUGGAAUAUCGUGUGCUGAACAUGUAGUAUGUGGAGUGUAGAUAUUCAGUCCCAUUACCAGGUACAUUUAUCAUCUGGGUUCAAAUUCAAAUAUUGUGACACCGGUAUCCAUUAUUCAUUUUCAAAGAAUCUGGGUGGAUGGGUCGGGGGGGGGGGGGGUGAAGGGGUGGAUGGCCAAAUGGUUAGUUGUAUCAUAAGGUCUGUCAUUGAGUCAACUUGUGUGGUUUCGAUUCCCCGGUCGUAUGUGACAAGGAGUAGGGUCGCCUGUCAAACCAGUUUCCUCCCACGGCUAAAGACCCCAAUGUGCAAGUGAAUUAUUGAAAUAAAAUUGAAUCAUAUGUUAGUCCAAAAAUGACCUAGUUUCUCUCAAGUGGACUUAAAUCCUCCCACUGCUUAAGACCACUAUGCGCUGGAGGUCUUGUAUUCGAUCCCUGGGUUGGCCGAGAAAGUUCAUUUCAUUUCAUUUCAUUUUGAUCAAGUGUUGAUUGUUAACCACCAUUAAUAAUUACUGAAAGCAACCACUUGACUUAGAUAUUUGAUACCAACAAGAAUCUUAAUGACAGCAGUAAGGAGAGUGCAUUGACUGCAGUGGAGGUCUUUCACUUCUAGAAACCAGAAAAUUACUUUGAAUUUGUCAUAAUAAUUUCAAUUUAUGAGUUUACAUUAUAAGUUAGUUUUAUGGGACAUUAAUGUUUGAUAAAACAGAAAAUAUCUUUGAGUUCAUUGUAAUAUAGUAUAUGAUAAUAAAAGAGAAAAUGACUUUGAAUUCAUUAAUAUAACUUUGAAUUCAUUAAUAUAACUUUGAAUUUUUUAAUUCAUUAACGUAACUUUGAAAUCAUUAAAAUAACUUUGAAUUGAAUUCAUUAAAAUAACUUUGAAUUGAAUUCAUUAAAAUAACUUUGAAUUCAUUAAAAUAACUUCAAUUUCUAUGUUUAUAUGACCAGUAAUUUUUAUAGCAUGUUUAAAACGAUAAUAAAAGCAAUCUGAUCAAGGAUUUUAUUAUGUGGUAACAAAUAAUAAUAAAUUCCAUGAUCACAUUCAUUUAAAAAUCAAAAAAAAAUUUGUAUAAACAAUUGUAGAAUAUAUUGCUAUUUCUUAUGCUCAAAUUUGAUAUAAAUUUAUGAAUUUAAGAUAAAGGCAAACAUCAUUGUUAUGAAUUUGAAAGAAAUGCAAUUGGGUAAAAAUUUUGAAAUAUUUGAAUUCAAAGAUUAUGGAAUUAAUUGUUAUAGAUGCAUUAUGUAAGAUUUAGAUAAAGAACUGAAGGUUCUUGCUAUAAUACCGUAGUUCAAAAAUAGAUAAUUCGAAUUAAUAUAUAAAAAAUUUCUUCCAAAUUACUUUAUUCUGAACUAUGUUAUCACAGUUUGAAGUUCUGACAUGAAACGUUGUUGACAUAGCAACGUUACUUGUUAAAGAAGACUCAUCUUAAUGGAGACUCUGUAUUUUAAUCUGCGCCAUUUGAUGGGGUGUAGAGUUGAUUAUGGGCUUGUCAUGUGAAUAAAUGUCUAAAUAAUAAUUUAUGUAACUUUUGAAGCCAAAAUAAAAACCUGUAAUAGGUAGGGUUAGCUCUUACAUAAUGAAUCUUUAAUGAUGCGCAAGACAGUGUACAAAUUGACUAUACAAAAAAAUUAUGUUUCUAGAAACUUUGUAUGUAUUCAAUUAUUUCAAUGUUGGUGGAUUUUAUGCGAGGAGAUGACUGAAUAUUGGUGUAUUUGUUAUUGUUAGUUUUUUUUUUGUUAUUGUGUAUAAUAAAAUGAUGUAUAGGCCCUA